CUCAUCGACAAGCGAGAGAGAGAAGUGUUAACCGGGUCUUUUCCUUGAUAUUAUUUGGUUAAAGUUAGGACAGCGCUGUGGAUGGAGUACGCAGGAGGAAGCGGCGCCAGGAGGGUGCGGUUGCAAGGUCCGAAGCCGGCAGAGUUAGCGGUGAGCAAGGAGUCGACCAAGAUCAAGAAGAAGGUUCGGGCGACAAGUGAUUUGGCUCCGGUCAUAGUGUACUUGAAGUCACCGAAAAUUAUACACGUGAGGCCGGAGGAGUUCAUGGGUCUGGUGCAAAAGCUCACCGGGAAGAGCGACCAGACGGUGAAGGCGGGGCCAUCGUUGGAUGUCUCUUCGCCUUCUUCUUUUUCGUGGCUGUCCUCGCCGUCGCCGUCGUCUAGCGUCGAGUACCUUUGCAGGUAGAGAGAACGCAUUGCCCGCGUGCGUCCUGCCUUCCGCUUUGUAGCGUUGUCAAUUUGUGUAAACAUGAUGUAGUAGUAGGAGGUGGUUCUGUAUUUUUUCCU